UACAAAGGCUUUAGAGGUUAACUCUAAUUAUUCUGACCAGAAUGGGAAGUAUUGAAGGUUACAGGGCGGUGGAAAAUAACUUUACAGUGACGGUGACGAAGGAGGAGGUGGUGGCUGCCGUGUUGCCCUUGCAAGAGCAUUGGCUUCCGCUAUCCAACCUCGACCUCCUUCUGCCGCCUCUAGACGUCGGAGUUUUCUUUUGCUACGACAAACCGGCGGCCACCGGGACUGCCGUAGUGGGGGCUCUGAAGAAGGGCUUGGCUGAGGCUCUGGUUUCCUUCUACGCCUUGGCUGGUGAGGUGGUGACCAACUCCGUCGACGAACCAGAGCUCCUCUGCAACAACCGUGGGGUUGAUUUCGUGGAGGCCGAGGCUGACGUGGAGCUGAGAAGCCUGGACUUGUACAAUCCUGAUGAUUCCAUUGAAGGCAAGCUUGUUCCUCAGAAGAAAAACGGCGUGCUUGCUAUUCAGGCUACAUUUCUCAGGUGUGGUGGCAUCGUAGUGGCAUGCUCUUUCGAUCACCGCAUUGCCGACGCAUACUCAGCCAACAUGUUCCUCGUGUCUUGGGCCCACUUGGCCCAGUUGUCCCAGUCGGCCAAGCCCACCAUCUCCACCCUCGACUCCCGACCAUGUUUCCGCCGCUCUCUCCUCAGUCCCCGGCGGCCCGGUGUCAUCCAUCCUUCCAUCGACCGCAUGUUUGUCCCGGUCUCCGAGCUGCCUCCUCCAAAGCAACCCAGUGCCGAGUCCUUAUCCGACCCCGUCAUUAGUCGGAUCUACUACAUCACUGCCGACCAACUGAACCACAUCCAGUCGCUCGCAAACUCAUCGGCCUCAAACGUCGUCGGCGAUGGCGUGAAGCGAACCAAACUUGAGUCUUUCUGCGCCUUCUUGUGGAGGAUGGUUGCUGCAAGUGCCAACAGCAAAAGGGUCAUCACCAAAAUGGGAAUUGUGGUGGACGGAAGGAGGAGGCUCAGCGACGGUCGUGACAAACAGAAAGCUUCUCUCAUGGGAUCGUAUUUUGGAAACGUACUUUCGAUACCAUACGGCGAGGAGUCAGCAAGGGAGCUGACGGGGAAGUCGUUGAGUUGGGUGGCCGACAAAGUUCAUGAGUUCUUGGAAGACGCGUUGACGGAGGAGCAUUUCCUGGGCCUUGUAGACUGGGUGGAGGCUCACCGCCCUGGAGGUGCGGUGGCGAGCAUAUAUGUCGGCGGCGGAGAGGAGGGAGAAGAAGAUGAGAGUUCAGCUUUUGUGGUUUCGUCGGGGCAGAGAUUCCCAGAGGAGAAGGUGGAUUUCGGGUGGGGGAGGCCGGUGUUUGGGUCGUACCACUUCCCGUGGGGCGGAGACGCCGGGUAUGUGAUGCCGAUGCCGAGUCCGGUGGGGAAGGGCGACUGGGUGGUUUACAUGCACCUUCGAAAGGGACAGUUGGAGAAGAUUGAGUCUGAAGCCGGUCAGGUGUUUAGGCCCUUGACUUGGGAUUACCUUCUUCAUUAAUUAUAUACAUGUAUACUACCUGUUGAUAUUAUUAAUGUGUAUGGUCGUGAAUGUGUGAUUUGAAUAAAAGUGCUACAUUAUUAGUGCAAUUUUAUGUAAUUUUAAUUUGAAAUGUUAAUCUUAUAUAUUUAACGGA